GUCAAAGCCACGUUGGGAUUACGCGUUUCCUGUGUCGGCACGGAUGCGAACCGGACGUGGCCCGCUCUGGCAAUCGUUUUCUUCCGCCAAGGAACCAAAUGUGUGAUUCGAUCACGUCAUGUUUGAGUUCGAACCGCAUCGCCCAGGCCCAAGGCACGUGACACGCACGUGAACGGCUCUAUGCCGGAAGGCGCAGGACGCCUUCUGAAGAUGUGGGCCCCUCUGUCAGUGUCGACCCCUCGGUUUGGAGCGAUCUCUGAGUAGUCCUCGUGUCCGGGAAAGCUCCAUGCAUCCGUUGGUUCUCCGAUUCACCAAGCCACACUACCAUCCCCGUCGGGAUCCCACCGCCUCAGCCUUGAGGCCAGGCCGAACAAGUCUGUUUCGCAGAUCUGCUAUCUUGUUCAUUUGGGAGCAGUCUCUGCAAUGGAAGAUUUGAAAGCAGCACUGAACGAGCAUGUUGAUCUCGCUUCCGAACUCUUCGAGAAGUUCUCCGCCGAACUCCGCAGCGGAUUCGGCCCGGCCGUGGACGACUUUGUGAGUUUCUUCCACGCAAUUGAUUGGAAGGAACCUUGGUUGAUAUGCUUAUUAGCUUUCUACUUUAUUUUGCUGAUCGUAACUAUAUUAUCGAGGAAAAAUGUGAACUUCCAAUUAUGCUUGUCUCUUCUAGCAUUUUCUGGUGUGUAUCUUGCUGAGAGGGUAAAUAGUUUCCUGGGAAGGAACUGGAAGAGCUUUUCAAGCCAGAACUAUUUUGAUCCUCAUGGUCUCUUUAUCUCAGUGCUAUGGUCCAGCCCACUUCUCAUCAUAACGAUCAUAAUUGUGGUAAAUACUCUCUUCACACUUUGCCAUCUUAUGGUGAAAUGGAAAAAAGCACAACUGAGGCAUGAUGCUUGGCUUUCUCGUGGCAAACAGGAAUAGCAUGUAUUGUUCUAUGUUUUGAGCAAUUCAUACAUUGGUUUUCUUUCCAUAAGCUAGGGAAGCCUGUAAUAUUAUGCUGUGUUACACGAUUCAUAGGGAUUUUGAUCAUUUUCUAGCGGCAUCACAGACUCGAGAACUGGAAUUGAUAAGAGAAGUAGCUUAGAAAUUUGAGAUUUCAAGUGAUAAACUAGAUCCAAAAUUUGUUUAUCAAACCUAACCAGCAGGAAUUCUUCUGGGUUCAAUUAA